AGCGGCACAGUAUUAAAAAUGAAAGUAAGCUUGUGUUUAGAAUGGAAAACAUCAGAGAUGGUUUUUUCGCUGCUGUCGGUUUGCUUGGACUAAUCGUCAAAGUAACGUUCUUGACCGUGAAAUCGAUUGUCCUUUAUCCUAUCUACAGGGAAAACAAAGAUAUAAGAGAUGACAUUUUGCUGAUCACUGGCGGAGGGCGGGGGAUCGGGAAAGCACUGGCCCUGGAGUUUGCCAAACACAAACCAAAACACAUCGUUCUAUGGGGAAGGACGGAGGGAAGCUUACAGAAGACUGCUGAAGAAGUGAGAGAAGCGGGGGUCAAGUGCUCCUACAUGCUGUGUGAUGUCAGUCAGUCAAAGGAAAUCUAUAAACAUUAUGCUGACGUAAAGAAAACGAUUGGACCUGUUACCUUACUGGUCAACAAUGCUGGCAUCGUGCAUGGGGGACAAAUUAUGGACAUCCCCGAUGAGGACAUAAUAAAAACACUGAGUGUCAACGCCAUGGCUCACUUUUGGACAAUAAAAGCGGUGCUUCCAGACAUGAUAGAGUCCAAUCGUGGUCACCUAGUCAGUAUUAGUUCGGUCCUGGGGUUGCUCGGGAUGAGAGGUGUCAGUGACUACUGUAGUUCAAAGUUCGCUAUAUCGGGACUGAUGGAGGCCCUACAGUGGGAGCUACAGGAGUACAGUAACAUCCACAUCACCGCGGUCCAUCCGUACCUGGUGGAUAAUCAGAUGUUUGCUGGGUUAAAACUCAGAUUUCCAUGGUUAGUUCCGCCAUUAAAUGAGAGUUAUGUUGCCAAGCAAACCGUUUCUGCCGUGUUAACUAACAGACAGAGUGUUGUCAUGCCUCGGAUUAUGCACAUUGUACUGUGGGCCAGGAGUCUCUUUCCAGUGGACGCUAUGUUACCUAUAUUGAGAUUCACUGGUGUAGAUCGGGCCAUGAUGGACUUCCCUAACGCUCCAAGAAAUGUGGACUUCAUGAAAAAUACCACUGCUAUUCAAUAGAAUCUUCAUUAGGAUAAUAGGUUCAUAUUUCAACCAAUGAGGCUAGUGAUGAAGACUAUAAACUAUAAAACCAGAAACGGAAGCUCUGCUGAUUACAGGAACUGUUGGUGCUGUUUUCAUUUAUCUCACAGAACAUUGAAUUGUCUCUUAUAUAUGUGUUUUUUUAAAACAUUGUUGUAACCAAGAUAGCAUUUUUGAAAUAUUGCUCAUUGUUUUUAUUAAAUAGUGUCUGCUGCUUUG